AUGAAUCUGUUUGGUAUGUGUGGUGGUCCUAUCCUGGCGCUUUUCUCAUGCGGAAUGUUCUUCCCAUGGAUCAACUCAAAGGGGGUCAUAUCAGGGACUCUUCUCGGUCUUGCCUUCGCCUUCUGGGUUGGUAUAGGGGCGCAGAUUUACCCCCAUCCACCCAAAGACCCACCCCUCUCAGCCGACCUUUGCUCUUUGGAAAACUCAACUUUCUUCUCGACAUCGGAGUCGAUGACCACUUUAUUGAACUACGAAGACACAACAACUAUGAUGAUGAUGGAAGAAACGACGAUGCCCGAUUCUGGGAAUUUGGAGUCUUCCUCGUUUGAUUUGUAUAAGAUUUCAUACACCUGGUGGGGAGUAUUCUCAUUUCUCGUUUCCGUUGUCUCUGCUAUCAUCAUCAGCAUCUUAACAGGCCCUCAGGAUCCGAGAAAAUUGGACCCCCGUUUGAUAUGUCCAGUGGUCGAUAGAUUGUGUUGCUGCCUGCCUGAGAAAUGGAAGAUACCACUCCGCUGCGGGGUAGGGGAGGACUUUAUGGCAGACGAGAAGGAAUACGAGUACCGAGCAAUGAGGAAACAGGAUCAAGUAAACCACGAAAAAGAAGGAGGAAUAGAAUUCCAGAAAAUGACAGAAACUUAA